AUGGUUCUGCACGAGUACACUUACAUCUUUGCCAUUGGCACUUGCUUUGCCCUUCUUGAAGCAUUCAACAACGGUGCCAAUGAUGUCGCCAACGCCUGGGCCACGAGUGUCUCGUCCCGAUCCGUCUCAUACAGAGGAGCCAUGAUUCUCUGCCUCAUUUUUGAAAUGCUCGGUGCGCUCACUGUCGGUGCUCGAAGUGCCUCGACCAUCAAGAACGGUAUCAUCCCCGUCGCCGCCUUCCAAAACGAUGCUGGCGUGCAGCUUCUUGCCUUUGCUUGCGCCUCUGCCGGUGCCUCUUUGUGGGUGAUGUGGUGCACUCGCCACUCUGCCCACGUCUCUUCCACCUACUCUCUCAUCUCGUCGCUUGCCGGUGUUGGUGUCGCUACUGUUGGCGCCGGCGGCGUCCAGUGGGGGUGGAACAAGGGCUCUGGUCUCGGUGCCAUCUUUGCUGGUCUCGGCAUGGCCCCGGCCAUUGCCGCCGUCUUUGCCGCCAUCACCUUUAUGCUCAUCAAGCUCACUGUCCAUGUGCGCAAGAACCCUGUGCCCUGGGCCGUUUGGACUUCCCCCUUCUUUUUCCUCAUUGCCGGCACCGUCUGCACCCUCUCCAUUGUCUACAAGGGCUCCCCCCGCCUGGGUCUCUCCAAGAAGCCUGCCUGGUACAUCGUGGCUGUCACGCUUGGUGUUGGCUUCGGACUGUUUGCCAUGUCUGCGCUUUUCUUCGUCCCCUAUGUCCACGGCAAGGUUGUCAAGAAGGACUAUACCCUCAGACUCUGGCACGUCUUCUACGGUCCUAUGCUCUUCUGGCGCCCUGCUCCCCCGGAUGCCGAAAAGGCCAGGGUCCCCAACUACGCCGUCAUCCAGCACGAUACCCCCGAGCCUGAGAGCGAGUCCGACGUCCGCCCUCCCAGCGACAAUCUCAAGGGCCAGGAUGAUACCGCGUUUGCCAGCAAAGAGGUGCCCAGAACCAACAACAAGCUCAUCUUGGCCGAGUGCAACCAGCAAGGCUACCAGAGGCUCAUGCAGGAGGCUCUUGAGGCUCACCACGCCAGACUCCGCCAGGGCCGUGGCCCUCUGGCCUGGGCCAUGCGCACCCUGCACAACAAUCCCAUGGGCGCCGGUUCGAUUCACGAGACCAAGAACCUCAUCACUGCCUGCAAGCGCUUCCCUGCCAUGAUUGUCUGUGCUCUCCUCUACGGCGCUCACUACGACAUUCACACUGCUCAGGUUGGCAUCGAGGGUACUCCCGAGGGCCAGCGCAUGGCUCGCGUCUAUGACCACGCUACCAAGUACCCCAACGAGGUUGAGUACCUGUACUCUUUUGUCCAAAUCAUCACUGCCUGCACUGCCUCUUUUGCCCACGGUGCCAACGAUGUCGGCAACGCCGUCGGUGUCUGGGCUGUCAUGUAUGCUGCUUGGUCCACUGGCAAGGCUGCUGGUGCCAAAGCUCCCGUUCCUCUGUGGCAGAUUGCCGUCAUUGCCCUCACCAUUUGCAUUGGCUUCAUCACAUAUGGUUACAACAUUAUGAAGGUCAUGGGUAACAAAAUCACCUACCACUCUCCUAGCCGUGGUACCUCGAUGGAGCUGGGUGCGGCCAUUACCGUCCUCAUCUUCUCCCAAUACUCUCUGCCCGUUUCCACGUCCAUGUGCAUCACUGGCGCCACGGUUGGUGUCGGUCUAUGCAACGGCACUCUCAAGGCCGUCAACUGGAAGCGUGUCUUCCUCCUGGUUUUCUCCUGGAUCAUGACUAUUCCCAUUGCUGGUCUCAUUGGUGGCUGCCUGAUGGGCCUCAUGCUCAACGCCCCCCACUUUGGCAGCACCUAA